AUGUUGUUAGGAAGACGAGCCUCGAACGAGCAGAGUGAUGUGGCGGCGCAUCCCGGCGGUUCCCAGGCGAGCGUGCGCUAUCGCGGCCCCAUCGCGCCCGCGUCGCCACAGACGAUUAUUAUCCACUAUGUGUCCUUCCGCUUCUGCUAUUUAUACUACCUUCGCACUGAUGUUUAUGUUAUUGGAGGCAGAGUAAUAACUGUGUGUAAUGAAUCUUUAUUCAUUCAUAAAGGGCGUCUGAACUUAACGCCUUCCCUAUCUCGAGAUUUCCUAGAUUCCCUAUAUCUAUCGUUGAGAUCAAACUGUUCCACACUAUUUACACGACAAGCUAGGCGGGGCUCUAAGUCAUAG